CUAUCAACUCAGGUUCUUCUUUCUCACUUCAUCUUCUAAUUAAUAGCCACUCCUCCCUAGUACUACUGUUUCUUACUAGUUGAGUGUUCAUUUAUCAAAAAAAUGGGUUCAGACAACAAUGUUCUUGCUGUAAUUGCCAAAAAUAUUGAUGUUCUUGCUUUGCCUCUAGUCUCUCUUGUUUAUCCUCUGUAUACAUCUAUUAAGGCAAUAGAAACAAAGUCUCGUGCAGAUGAUCGACAAUGGCUAACGUAUUGGGUUCUUUAUUCUUUGAUUACUCUCUUUGAACUUAGCUUUUCUAAGCUCAUUGAAUGGUUUCCAAUAUGGUCUUAUGCAAAACUAGGUGCAAUAUGUUGGCUAGUUUUACCUUACUUCAAUGGAGCAUGUUAUGUUUAUGAGAAUUUUAUAAGACCAUUUUAUAGAAAUCCACAAGUUAAAAUAUGGUAUGUUCCUUUGAAGAAGGAUAUUUUCAGUAAGCCAGAUGAUGUUCUAACUGCUGCUGAAAAAUAUAUUGAAGAACAUGGACCACAAGCAUUUGAAAGGCUUUUAGCUAAGGCUGAUAGAGAUGCAAGAACCAGAAGGAACAACUACAUGACCUUUGAUGAUGAUUAUCGAUAUUAAUUAAUUUCUCUUUGUACUAUUAAAUUACUUCUUAAUUAGUUAUGUGUGUUAAUUACUUUGAUGAACUAUGUUUGGAUAAUCCUUUCAGUUUUCACUC